GUUGUAAACCAUAAUUAUAAUAGAUGCAAUACAUCUUCGUUGGCACCGUAUGUAUGUGAAUAAAAACUGUAUAUAAAUUUGUAUUAAGAAAACUAAAAAUGAUACUAUGUAACGUCAUACAAUGGAUUAAAAUUGAAAAGACCGACUGAAAAUGGAUUAGGGACAUUAUUAUUAACAUAUAAUUUUAAUCUGAUACUUGCGUAUGAUGUUAUAAGGGUUUCAGAUAAUCUAGUUGCCCAAAUCUAAAUGUUUCAUUGAUAGUUUGUGUUUUGAUCAGUAAAAGUGAAAAUGUCUAUUUCAAAUGCAAGUGUUUCAGUACAAAACGGAACUUUAAGUAAUGACACGGACUGGAACGUCGGGGGCGAAUUCAUCAACCCAUUCAACACACCGCAUGUGCGAAUUAUCUUCACCAUUUGUUAUGCUACAGUUUUCACGUUGUGUAUUGCCGGUAAUUUCAUGGUGCUGUUUGCCAUAGCAAGGAGCCCACGUCUUCGCAGCAUGACCAAUUUUCUGCUGGCCAAUCUUGCCAUUGCCGACUUCUGUGUUGGAACAUUCUGUGUUCUGCCUAACCUGUCCACCUUCUUGCAACAGAAUUGGAUUCUUGGAAAGGCAAUGUGUAAGAUAUAUUAUUAUAUCUGGAAUGUGAGCUAUAUUGCCAGUAUCAUCAUUCUGACGGUUAUCGCUAUAGAGAGAUACAUCGCCAUCAUCCAUCCACUGAAAGCGAGACACUUCAUGACUACUAAGAGGCUAGUGUUGGUUCAAAUUAUGACAUGGUUUAUAUCUCUUGUCUAUAACAUUCCUUUUCUCAUAUUCUACGAUACAAUUUCGUUUUCCGAACAUGGGAAGGAAUUUUGUUAUUCCUCUUUUCAACACACAGAAGCCUUAAAAUGGCUUAGUUUACUUAACUUGAUAAUUUGGUAUAUUAUUCCACUUUUACUAAUUGGAUUUAUGUAUUAUCGUGUGGCACGAGCGUUGUGGAAAACUGCAGUAGUAUCAGCACUCCGUCUACAGCCUUACCCUGAUCCUGAGGAGGUUUCAACACGCACGUCAAACUUUCAUAAUGAUUCCUUCCGAAAUACGUCUGAGAAAAAUAUACGACAAAGUCCGAACUUAAGCGGAGACAAAUCCGAACUAUCGCAUGGCCAGUCUUUAUCUAGUGGAGAAAGUCAAUAUUCUGAGAAAGCCAUCUUUACUUUUAAGGGUAAACAUGCGGUUACCCUUGUCUGUGGUAUUCGUGAAAGAGGUGAAAUAUCACCGCAUGAAAUCAUAUGUCUCUGCCCGAAUUCAUCCAAGUCGGAUCGCUCGGACUCAGACAUGGCUGUUCAACUAUUUAGAACAAAUGAGAUGGACUCGCAAUCGUACACAAGAGGGAGCAGUUUUAGACAUAGCCGAUAUAGACAAACGUAUAUGUCGAACUCCAGGCGUGUUGCGAAAGCCAGAAAGAAAGUUAUUCGACUUUUGAUUUCUGUGGUUAUAACUUUUGGCGUGUGUGUAUUGCCUCAUAUGAUGAAAGUGCUCAAUCAUUAUUGGAUGAUAUUUCAUUUGCCACACUCUGUAGAUACGAUUCUCUCACCUGUAUCCUUCAUUGUACUGUAUCUGAAUUCAGUGUUGAAUCCGUUUUUGUAUGCCAUUUUCUCAACCAACUUUAGAAGAAGUUUUAAAGAGACAUUACCUUGUUUCUGAACGCGUAGGAAAACGAAUAAAUCAACGUGAAGUUUCUUGUACACCGUGCCACGUUAGAAAAUUUCAUCGAUGUUUACAAAAUAGAGUUGAUCACAAUCUUUUAAGUUGUCAUUAUCUGAAUUAACAAUGUCUUAAAAAUACUCUUAUAGGUCUCUUUUGGAUUAAUAAAAGCUCCAUUAUGAUCAAUUUAUAAUAGAAGGAAACUUACAAAAGUAAUUUUUACUAAAGCAGCAAAGACAGCGAAAAGAAAGAAUCUGAUUGUGAAAUGAAUGACAUUGAACUCACGUUUGUAUCAUAUUUUGCACAUUCAGCACAAUUUUGUCUAUUAACAUAUGCCUUAUCCGUUGCAUUUGCAAUGCCUUCAAUACAAUAAAUAUUUCAUUCAUUAAGACAUUACAAAAUAAUUGCAAACUUGGAUUUGGUUCGUUGCAAUGCAGACAAACAAUGUUGUUGAUAGUUGCUUGUGUACGCUUUACGAUUUUUCCACUCUGCUGAAUAUUUUAUUACAUCAGUGGCAUUAGCAAAGUAGUUAUUGACAUUAGUAGUUUCAGUAAUUCAGUAAUUACGAACAAUUGUAUAUGACUUUGAACACUGUAUACACAAUUUGAAAUAAAAUAUCGU